UGUACUGUGUAUGACAAGUUAUAACCAACCAGCUGUGAGAGACAUUCUUAAUCGAAUGCUGAAGUCUGAUCUUGUGGAUCGGCGCUCGGCUAUUCAUGUCGAACGGGGAUUUUACGUCAUUGACAUCGGCGCUUGAGUGACACAAACAAGGUCUAAGGACUUUUCCAUGUCCUCCACAUUCUGGAGGAUAAAUGGACAACACGGGCUAUUGCAGUGAGAGCUUCAACAGCCAGCAGAGUGGAACUAGCGAUGAGGACAUGGUGGAGAUCACAGGAGCAACACUGGACUUCUCCAGCACUGAUGACGUGCCUCCUCUGGACCGGGACUAUGGCUCAGGGGGUUCAUAUGGAGCUGAAGAUGGGCCCAAUGGGGUUCCUAAACUGAUGGAUCUGCUAGAUGAGCCAGUGCCUGGGGUCGGCACAUAUGAAGACUUCAACACCAUCGACUGGGUCCGAGAGAAAUCUAAGGACCGGGAUCGGCACCGAGAGAUUGCUACCAAGAGUAAAGAGUCAGCCUUGGCUCUGAUGAAGAGUAUCAGCGAUGCCUUCUCUGGCUGGCUUCUCAUGCUGCUCGUUGGACUGAUGUCAGGUGCUCUGGCUGGUGGCAUCGACAUCUCUGCCCACUGGAUGACAGAUCUGAAGGAGGGAGUGUGUCUGAACGGCUUCUGGUUUAAUCACGAGCACUGCUGCUGGAACUCCAAUGAGACGACCUUCCAGGAGAGAGACAAAUGCCCUAACUGGAAAAGCUGGGCAGAGCUCAUUGUUGGUACUAAUGACGGUCCUUUCGCCUACAUCAUGAAUUACCUGAUGUAUGUGUGCUGGGCUCUGCUGUUCUCCUUCCUGGCUGUGUCUUUAGUCAGGGCCUUUGCCCCGUAUGCCUGUGGCUCUGGAAUACCUGAGAUCAAGACUAUCCUGAGUGGGUUUAUUAUCAGGGGCUACCUGGGUAAAUGGACUCUUAUAAUAAAAACCAUCACCCUUGUGUUGGCUGUGUCAUCUGGACUCAGUCUGGGCAAAGAAGGGCCUCUGGUACAUGUGGCCUGUUGCUGUGCCAACAUCCUAUGCCACCUGUUCACCAAGUACCGCAGGAAUGAGGCAAAGAGACGAGAGGUAUUGUCUGCCGCAGCAGCUGUUGGUGUGUCGGUAGCUUUCGGAGCACCGAUUGGUGGAGUUCUGUUCAGUCUGGAAGAGGUGAGUUAUUAUUUCCCCCUGAAGACGCUGUGGCGCUCUUUCUUUGCUGCGUUGGUGGCGGCUUUCACCCUUCGGUCCAUCAACCCGUUUGGUAACAGCAGGCUGGUGCUCUUCUACGUGGAGUUCCACUCCCCCUGGCACUUGCUGGAGCUCAUACCCUUUGUCCUGUUGGGUAUUUUUGGGGGAAUCUGGGGAGCUUUCUUCAUCCGUGCAAAUAUUGCAUGGUGUCGCCGACGUAAGACAACGCGGCUGGGUCACUACCCUGUUUUGGAGGUGCUGGUUGUUACGGCUGUCACGGCUCUGAUAGCGUUCCCCAACAGCUACACGCGUAUGAGCACCAGCGAGCUGAUCUCUGAGCUGUUCAACGAUUGCGGCCUGCUGGAUUCCUCACAGCUGUGUAACUAUGCCAAUGUGAGCGUCACCAAGAGCAGCAGUAAUGCUCUGCCUGAUAGACCAGCAGGACACGAUGUGUACACCGCCAUGUGGCAGCUCUCACUGGCCCUGGUCUUUAAGAUGCUCAUCACAGUGGUGACCUUCGGCAUGAAGGUGCCCUCUGGGCUCUUCAUCCCCAGUAUGGCUGUGGGAGCGAUUGCAGGUAGGCUGCUUGGUGUGGGUAUGGAGCAGCUGGCAUAUUACCACCAUGACUGGGUAAUCUUCAGAGGCUGGUGCUCACCUGGAGCGGACUGCAUCACCCCUGGCCUCUAUGCUAUGGUGGGCGCUGCCGCCUGUCUGGGCGGUGUAACUCGUAUGACAAUCUCUCUGGUGGUCAUUAUGUUUGAGCUAACGGGCGGCCUGGAAUACAUUGUGCCUCUCAUGGCUGCCACCAUGACUAGUAAAUGGGUGGCAGAUGCUUUGGGUCGAGAAGGUAUUUAUGAGGCUCAUAUCCGUCUCAAUGGUUACCCCUUCCUGGAGCCUAAGGAGGAGUUCAGCCACAAGACGCUGGCCAUGGACGUGAUGCGACCCCGCCGUAGUGACCCCCCGCUCUCCGUGAUCACGCAGGAUGGGAUGAGCGUGGAGGACGUCGAGUCACUCAUUGCUGAAACAUCAUACACCGGUUUCCCUGUGGUGGUCUCGCAUGAGUCUCAGAGACUUGUGGGCUUUUUGCAGCGCAGGGAUCUGGUCAUCUCUAUUGAAAAUGCUCGUCAACGUCAGGAAGGUGUGGUUAGUGCCUCCCGAAUCUUCUUCACUGAAUACACACCUCCACAGCCACCCAGCAGUCCUCCUCCGUUGAAGCUCCGUGGUAUCAUGGAUCUCAGCCCAUUUACUGUUACCGACCACACUGCAAUGGACAUCGUGGUGGACAUCUUUCGCAAGCUGGGCCUGCGCCAGUGUCUCGUCACUCACAACGGGCGUUUACUAGGCAUCAUCACCAAAAAGGAUAUUCUUAAACAUAUGGCUCAGAUGGCUAACCGAGACCCUGACUCUAUUCUCUUCAACUAAAGUGCCAAACUGGAUGUUCUGAAACACCAACCAGUUUGAAACCACCCAUUGGGCAGAAAUCAGCAGUCUGGCCUAAUUAUUUGCACUACAGAACUGUCAGUACUGGGUUAGCAUCCAUUCACACUGUGAAUCCAUUUGUAGAGCCUCAUUGGCGCUGGCGCUACAACUGCAGGACGGAGGACCUUGAGCAGCGCUUUAUGCACUCCAGCAGCUAGCUUAAAAUUUGGGAAUGAGUGCAACCAAGUGUUGGUGUUUGCAAGUAAUCGACCUAUCAUAACAUAUCAAUGCAUCAAAACAUAUCACACUACUUACCACACAAGCAAAACCGUUGCAAUCAUAACAUUUUGUAGCAUAAAUCUAAAUAUUGACAUUCACCUACCCGUUGUAUUACUCAAACCCAAACAUCUCUGGUGAAAAGACCACAUAUUACUCUAGAGCUCUCCUGACUUCCAAUACGGAAUGGAUGUUAAUCAGAAGUUAAAACCAUUAUUUGUUGUUUACAUGUUCAUAUGCAUUUUUUGUCUUUUUUUGAUUUUUACUCUGUUUAAAUGUACGUUUGCAAGUAUUCCAGCAUCUGAAAGCUCUCGGGACGAAUGUCAAGUCUGUACCAUGUUCCCAAGCUUUGUAAUCAGUCAUAAGCAGCACUGUGAGGUGUCUGCCAAGAAAUGAUGCAUUAAAAUGACUCAUUCUGUAUGUUUUUUCGUAUUACAUGCACUUUUCAAAUAAUAACUUAACUUUUUUUUUUUUUUAUUACUUUUCUCACUUUUAAUUGUGCUGUCAAGUGCAAGGUUGUGGGUUCGAUUCCCCGGGAACACAUGAUAGGUAAAAAUUGAUAGCCUGAAUGCACUGUAAGUCGCUUUGGAUAAAAGCGUCUGCUAAAUGCAUAAAUUUAAUUUGAUAAAAUUUUUUGUAUUUUUCUAAAUUACAAAAUUUUUACCCUACCAUUCAAAAGAUUGGGUUCAGUAACACGGUUCAUGUUUUUGAAAUUAGUAUCUUAUGCUCACCAAGGGUGCAUUUAUUUGAUUAAAAAAAAAAACAGUAAAAAAAUUUCAUACAUUUAAUAUGUUUUGAAAUGUCAUUUAUUCCUGUGAUUCCAAACUCCAGUCUCCAGUGUCACAUGAUCUUUCAUGGCUCAAGAACCAUUUCUCUUUUCAGGUUUCUAAUGUUGAAUAUAAAGUUCAAAAGAACUGCAUUUAUUUGAACUGGAAAUCUGUAUAAAUUGAAAUUAAUUAAUUAAUAAUUAAAUAACUUUACUGUUCAAUGCAUCACAGAUUGAUUUCUAAAAAUAAUAAUAAUAAUAAUGAACUUACUAACCCAAAACCUUUGAUCGGUAGUCCAUGUGAUUAUCAAAUGUUGUAAUACCACUGUAAAAACCACACAGUGUGUAGCAUUUCCUAACGCAAAUUGGGUUGGAAUCAUUUUUUUGCCAGUAUGUAUGUGCAAUCAAUGCAAAAUGGCAUUACACUAUACUGUUCAUUAAAGUCAGAAAAUUCUGAAUAUCUUUUCUUAUCACAAUCUCUAACAUUUCCUGAAGCUGGACUGAAUGGUAACAUAAUAUUCAUAUCCCAUGCAUGUCCAAAUAUAAUCUGUGCAUGGAAUUUUUUAUAGUCGUCUGAAUUGUCAUCCCAGCUGUUUCCAUUUUAAUGUUUAAACCUGCAUCUAUCUGGCUCAACCUCUUAAUAAUUUGUGUUUCUCUGCUAGCAUACCACUUCAUUCUAUGUUUCUGAACUCUCAGUGGGACACAGAGUCAAUGCUAAAAUCUUUGUAAGCAGUGCUUGAAGCUCAUCCAAUGGCACAUUAGCUUGGCUGCUUCUCAGUCCUUAGCUAACUUUUACAGUAUUUCCAUUUUUUAUCAAAAUGUAACUUUAUUGAAAACAUCUUAGAUCAUUGUGUACUAAUUAUUGUUGGUAAAAUAUAUAAUGGUUGUGCGCAAUCACUUAUUGGGUUCUUUGUAUUUAAUGUUUAAAUUGUGUAAACCUGUUUAUGUCGGCAUUAAUGUGAAUGUCACAUCAUCAUUGUAAUUUAUUCAUAAGCACGACAUGAAAUAUAAUAACACGUAACAUGCU